CGGGAGUUGCCUCUAUGCCCAACUAAGGUGGGGAGGGGGGGCUUUUGGAAGCACAAAGGAAACUAAUCAAUAUUUUUUUGUUUUUUUACAGAUUUGGAGUGAGAAAGUUUUUAUUGAAAUGGUGCACAAUUUAAAAGAAAAGUUUCCUUAUUCACAUUAUUUUCAUAGUGGAUUUACUGGAAGUGGAACUUGUAUUCUUAGCAGAUAUCCAAUCAUUUCUACUUUGCUUCAUAGAUAUUCUUUGAAUGGAUUUCCUCAUCAUAUACACAGAGGUGACUGGUUUGGAGGCAAAAUUGUCGGAAUGGCAGAAAUUCUAUUUGACUCUUACAAAAUUUGUUUUUACACCACCCAUUUACAUGCAGAAUAUAACAAAGAAAAUGAUUUGUAUUUACCUCAUCGAAUUUCUCAAUGUUUUGAAAUGUCUCAAUUUAUUCGACAUACUUGUGGGGGUGCAGAUUUUGUUAUUCUUGUUGGGGAUUUUAAUUUGGAGCCGACAAAUUUGGGUUUUCAAUUAAUUAAAAAUUUGGUUCCGUUAAAUGAUGCUUGGGAAUGUAGACCGAAUGCCGUUGACCCUUUAUACGAAAAUGGCACAACUUGUGAAAGGCCUGAUAAUUGUUAUACAUCAAAGUGUUUAUUAAAAUAUUUUCCCGAUGGAAAAAGAUUGGAUUAUAUAAUGUAUAGAAGUGAAAAAACUGAAAUUAAACUUUUAAAUUGUGAAUAUUGUUUUGAUAAAAUACCUGAAAGUGAUUUAAAUUAUUCUGACCAUCUUGGGGUUUCUGCUAAAUUUGAAAUUAAAAAAGAAAACCAAAUAGAUACAGGCUCUCAACAACUUCGACAACUUUCCAUAGAAAAACAAAUUUUAACAAAAUCAUUACAAAUAAUUGAAGAAGCCGAAAUUAGAGUUUUAUGGGAUAGACGUUUAUUUUUAGCUUUGUGUGUUUUAUUUAUAAUUUUAAUUGUAGCAACGACAAAAUUGGAUUUAAAUGUUCCUUUUGCCUUUGCUUUUGUAGCACUAGUCAGAUUUACGCUUACUUUAAUGGCUGGUUUUUCUUUCUGUUAUGGUUUUGUUGGAUUAACAAUAGAAUUAAAAGCUUUAAAAGAAACAAAGUUUUCUAUGAGAAAAAUUAUUAAAAAUUUAUUAUAA